AUUAUCACUCACUUUUUGGGACUUGUUAUUUUGGACUACACACACACACACAUAUACGCUACACACAUAUUUUUUUUCUUGAGGGUUGUUUAAUUUUUUUCAGCACCGUAACAAAAUAAAUAAUAAUGGCUACUGAAAAUAAAAAGGCUCUCGUCUACUCUAUUCUUGAAUUCUUGCAAAAGUCUUGUGAAGAUGGUACUAUUAACAAGGAUGAUACCGAGGGUAUCGAAGUUGCCAUGCAGUGCAUCGGUGAAGCCUUUGGUGUAGAUGCUGAGGAUGAAGCUCAAAAGCAACUUUAUUCUACAAAGCCUGCCAACUUGCUCUCUAUUUUCGAUGUCUAUCUCAAGACAAAGUCUUCUGCUUCCUCCAAGUCACCUGUUACUGUUCAAAAGGCUGCUAGUAAUGAAGAGAACAGAUUAGCUGCUGAACAAAAGAAGGCUUUAGGUAACCGUAAGGUCGCUGAACGUAACUAUCCCGAAGCCAUCAAGCUUUAUACUGAAGCCAUUGCCCUUGAUGCUACCAACGCUGUCUAUUAUGCUAACCGUGCUGCUGCUUAUAGUCAACAAGGUGAUCACGAGAAGGCUGUCAAUGAUGCCAAGAAGGCUGUUGAGGUGGAUCCCAAGUACAGUAAAGCCUAUAGCCGUAUGGGUCAUGCUUAUUUCUGUUUAAACAAGUUUGAUGAUGCUGUUGCAGCUUACGAAAAGGGUUUAGAACUUGAUCCCGAGAAUGCUACUCUCAAGUCUUCUUUACAAACUGCCAAGAUUAAGGCCGAUAGUAAGACGGUUGAGCGUUCUGUGCCUUCUCUUGGUGGAGGAGCACCCGGUGCCGGUGCUGGUGGUAUGCCUGAUUUCAGUGCUCUUAGUGCUGCUCUUGGUGGUGCUGGAGGUAGUGGUGGAGGAGCACCUGACCUUGGAUCUUUGUUGAAUAACCCUGCUUUAAUGGGUAUGGCUCAACAAAUGAUGCAAUCCGGUGCUCUUGAUAAUUUGAUGAACAACCCCAAUAUUGCUAGAAUGGCUCAACAAAUGAUGGGUGGUGGUGCAAAUGGAGGAGCACCUGAUCUUCAAGAGAUGAUGAACAAUCCCGAGAUGAUGAAGAUGGCCCGUGAUGCCAUGGCUGGAAACAACCCUUCUCCCGACAAUGAUAAGAAAUAAACAAUUUUUUUUUUAUAAAU